ACCCAUUUGUUUAUUAGCCAUAAAUACAAAUUUAGUUUAAAAAGUUGUACUAUGCUCCUACCUCACUCUUUGAAAACGAAUUACUACUACUAUUUGCGAUUUCUUCAGACCCGCCGUCAGCCGCAGCAAUGUUUUCCGACAACGUCGUUAUCAGUAAUAUCAUAGCCGGCGGCUUGUCGGCUGGGAUUACGGGUUCCGUGCUCAAAUUAUUGGAAAUAACUGCUACCAGAGGCGUAUUUGAUCAGAAACUGAAUAGGAAGCUGGUGCACAUUAGCUUUGGAUUAGUCUUCAUGCUUUGCUGGCCUCUGUUCAGUUCUGGUUGUGCUGGAGCAGUUGUAGCAUCUCUCAUUCCCGGUAUGAAUGUCGUCAACAUGCUUCUUUUGGGAUCCGGGAUACGGAAGGACGACGCAACUGUCAAGUCGAUGACAAGGACCAAUGACCAUAGGGAGCUACUGAAGGGGCCGUUGUGUUAUAUUUCCGUGUUGACACUUGUCACUGCAUUCUACUGGCGAACGUCUCCUAUCGCGAUUGCAGUAUUCUGCAACGUGUGUGCUGGUGAUGGCAUGGCUGACAUUUUUGGGAGGCGGUUCGGGCGCAAAAAACUUCCCUACAACAGAGACAAGUCCGUGGCUGGUACCGUAGCGAUGGCAUGUGCCGGUUUCUUGGCUUCUGUCGGAUACAUGCUCUACUUCUCGGGGUUGGGCUACAUCGAAGCAAGCUUCAAAUUGGUGACUAAGUUUUUGGUAGUGUCCAUUGCUUCUGCAUUAGUUGAAUCUCACCCUAAAAGCACUCAACUUGAUGACAAUUUCACAGUACCAUUGGCUGUCUUCUUGUUUGGCACUUUGCUCUUUUGACCUUGUAACACCACUUCUUUCUCAGUAGUAUAUGUCUUCUUCUUGUGAGAAUAAUAUUUGCUCUCUAUCAGCUUUUAGCAGUAUGUAUUAGCACUCACGUGCGCUCUUUCACCGAGCAUAUGAACUAUCUACUAAAUUUAUCGUGAUGAAUAUCAUUUUCUACUAACAAUUUUUAAUUAA